AUGAGUUCUCCAACGACGCACAUUCCCACAGAAAUACUCCGCCAGAUCAUCCACCAUCUCCUACCUCAACUGUAUCUGCCGGAGUUGUUGCGUGCGAGAAAAGUGAAUAGCCUGUUUAACGAAGAGAUCAUCGAUUAUCUUAUAAAUGGCGAGGAUCUGGAAGAGUUAUUUACUUUCUUGACUAAAGAGAAACUGGACUCAUCACCAUGGGGUACUUUCCCUGAUCGUCUGAAACGGCUUUACCUGCAGCGAAAGUUACGAGAGCAUUCGCACAGACCGUGUGCUUUUACGUAUUUCGUGCAGGAGGUGAUAGAGUACCAGUUGGGGGAUGCUCCUGCGUUGGAGGACAAGGAUAAAUUGACUGAGGGGUUGAUUGAUGUGGUGAUAGCGGGGAACAAUGAUCCAUCAAACAUGUUCCAUCGCCUGGUAUGUCAGUGGUGGAUCGAUAAAGUGGACAACAGGUUCAAUGAGCCGAUUGAAAAGUCGAUGCCGAUUAUCCUGGCCUGUAUGGCCAUCUUACGGGGGGACUGUGCGGAACUGAGCACAGCACUACGGAACGGUUUGGAUCCAGAGCAGCCAUGUCUACGAUUUGGGGUCAUCCCGAUAAAUGUCGCAGCUCAAAGAGGAAACAGAGAGAUUGCUAAAACUAUGGUGGAGCAUGGGUGUUCCAUGUGGUACACCUGGAUCUAUAAUAUCCCCAUGAGUGCUUCGGCCAUGGCUGGGAUAUCUCGGAACAAAGAGGCGCUGGGAAUAUGGCUUGAGCAUCAUCACCAAGAGGAACACGCUGACCCUACUAAGCCACUUUAUGUAUGCAGGCAAGCAUUAGAGAAAUUGGCGCGCAGGGGCGAUGUAGAGCUGAUGGAGUUCUUUGUGGAGCGGUAUCCCCGGGUAUUGAAUGAUCUCCUGGGGCCGUUGCGGCUGGCUGUUUGCUUCACACAGUUGGCAGCAGUGCGAUGGCUGUUUGCUCGUCUCAGCGCUCCUCUUACACCUGACCAGGGUAGACUGUUGCUGCUCCGCGCUAUGGAAGGCCCCUGCGCCUGGCAGCGAAUAUCGCAGAUGGUGCAGCUGCUUCUGGAACUUGGAGUUAGUCCAAACGGGGAGUCUCGGCAUAGGACGCCAUUGCAAAAGGCCGUGAUAGCUGGACAAGAAGAGAUUGCCGAGAUACUGUUGCAAUAUGGAGCGGAUGCAAAUGAAUAUCAUCCGCGUAGCGCGACAGUGGGUAGACAAGCCCCGCUGAUGUUAGCCGUCCGGCAACGGUCUGUGUCUAUGGUUCGGCUGCUCUUGAGACAUGGAGCAAAUCGAACAUAUGUCAUGAAGCGCAAAAGGUACACUAUCCAUGAAAAUAGGGGACAAGUCCAGAAUAUGGAAACUGCGCUGAUUGGACUUGGGUGGGAGGAAGAGCAGGUGAGGAGACAUGAAGGCUGGGACUACUGGGUGCUCUCGGAAAAGCUGCCGCCAGUGACUCCGAAGCAGGAAAACAAGUCCGGCGUGCCCGGAAAGGCAUUCCAGUCCCCCACGUGA